CUCAAUAAUAUUCAUUUCAACAAGUGGACGAGAAAUUAUCAAAGCUGAGUGAAGAUAAUUCUACAUAUUUGAGGUUAGUGAAGGCCGCGAAGAUAACACUCAUGCUCAAAUUAAUCACCGAAAAACUUUUCGAAGGAAGAAAUUUCGCAGUGUUUUCUUUUAUCGAAGUUAUUCACUCAUCAAUCCCAACUACAAUUGUGGCUAAUAAAUAUGAAUCUUAAGUGAUCAUAAAAAAUCAACUUUUUCCCCGUCGCGAUUUUCAAGAAGACGGAUUAUUUCCAGACGACGUCACCAUGGUUCGUUCGGCCACUUUGUCGCAAUCCCAAAGUAUUGCGUCUGACAUUUCCUCGUCAGAGGCAUGCCCAAGAGUCCGGAGAACCUGGUUACCCUCUCUUGGCUGAACCAGAUCAUGAACAGCUUCCUCAGGAUCCAGAUCCAAGUCACCAACUUUGCCCUGGAAGAUGCGACUCCGAGAUCCAAGGCAUUUGCCGGGCGAAUUUGCAAGAUUCUCGUGGAAUAUACCGAAGACCCGGACUCUGUGAGCAAGACCCUGUCACUCAGCGCCAAAUUCCUGCCGGAAGAAGACAUUUUCGCGAAAGUUGCGAAACGGAUGCGGCUGUUUGAGCGAGAGACCAUGUUUCAGCACAACUUUGUUAAACAGAUUGUCAGGAUGCAGAGGGUGCACCCUGACCGUGCCAUGGUGCCCCACAUCCCCAAGUGCGUCUAUGCCUCUGCCAGUUCUCGCAUUAUGGCCAUUGUGGUGGACGACAUAGAAGAGUAUGGCUUUGAGGUGCAGAACCGACAAAAGGGCCUGUCCAAGGACGAGGUGUUUCUCGUGAUGGAGGCCCUGGCUAAGCUACACGCCCUGGGUUUCAUGGUGCUCCGGAAGCACAAGGACAGAGCAUCGGACAUGUUUUCCCGGUUCUACGCCGGAUAUCCGUAUUUGUCGCCGGAAGUGCGGGACGCGGCUGCGGACAGGGCGAGACACGCUGAACUCCUGCUGGCCAACGUCGUGAACAAUGCCAACAAUUCCAGACUGUUUGGCAAUUACGUCAAACGAUCGAGCUUGCCUGAAAGGCACCAGGCUUUGAUAGAAACAAAAACAUCACUGCACAGUUUUUGUCACGGUGACUGCUGGUCUGGAAACAUGAUGUUCAAAUACGACGAACGAUCCAAUGGAACAGGAAAACCCAAGAAAGUUCGGCUUUUGAACUUCGAGGCCACGCAUUAUGCGCAUCCGGGAGCAGAUUUGAACCACUUUUUCUACACGAGCACGUCGAAGGAAGUGCGGAAACACAUGCCGGAAUUUCUGAAGCUCUAUUAUGACGAAUUCUUCAAGUACCUUCGGCUUUUGAACGUGGAUUUCUACGCCAAGAAUUAUCCGUACAAGCAAUUCCUCAUCGACUUCAAGAGACAUUCGGAGAUUGGACUGAUUUCCGCUGUCUACAUUCUUCCGGUCAUCAUGCACAACAAGGAUUAUUCUUUGCACGUUUUCGGCGAUCCGAACAGUCUCAAGGCGUUGACGAAUAAAGCUGAACUUUCGAACACUGCUUCCCAACAGGUAAAUGCAAUUUUAAUCCCACUUCGAUUUUUCACCCUUGCCUUCAGAAGUCAACGA